GAGUAUUAUAUACUUACGCGCAUUCGCAGUUACACGCGUUUAAAAAUCUAGCCCUUGCUAGAUUUAUAUUAAAUAAAAAAAAAAAUAAACGUCAUAAUUUUGAAUUAAGAAUACGGAGUUGUGCGUACGGUGGUUUCCAAUUUUAAUAUGGAUUUUAAAAUAGAAAAUUCGACAGUCGCGGAUUCCAUGUGGGAAGUGAAGUCUCUAUUGGAUUACGUAGAUGACUGGCCACUAAUGAAAUCACCGCUACCAGUGUUCGCGAUAUGGGCCUCGUACAUUAUAUUCGUGCUGAAAGCAGGCCCUGAUUACAUGAAGAACCGGACAGCUUUCGGCUUGCAUAGAUUAUUAAUUCUAUAUAAUCUAAUUCAAGUAAUAUUUUCGCUGUACAUUGUACAUAGAGGUUUGUCAUUAUUGCAUCCUAUAGGAUACAUUCAUUUAUCAUGCAACUUAGACAAGGAAACUACGAUGAAACAGAUUGCAAGCGGCAUAUACAUAUACUUCGCAGCCAAGUUAUCGGAACUUCUAGAUACAAUAUUCUUCGUUUUGAGGAAGAAGCAGAAUCAGGUGUCCUUUCUCCAUGUGUACCACCACUCCAUGAUGCUAUGGGCUACGUGGCUUACCUUGAAAUUUGAACCGACCUACAGCACUAUAUUUUUGGGCACUUUGAACUCAUUCAUUCAUGUCGUUAUGUACACGUAUUAUGGUCUAUCAGCAUUCCCUUCGCUGUCGAAGUAUCUGUGGUGGAAAAAGUAUAUAACUUCAAUGCAGUUGCUCCAAUUCUUCAUCGUCAUAGUCCACGCGGUUGGCAACGGCAUCUACAGUGAAUGCCCUCCGUCUUACAUUCUUCUAUCCUUCAUCACGAUGAAUGGAUUUCUUCUUAUCUACCUCUUUGGAAACUUCUACGUCCAGUCAUACCUGAAGAACAGGAGCGAUCUGAACGCCAGUAAAGUGACUAAUAGUACAAAAUACAGUCCUAACGGAAAAUCUCAUCUGAAUGGACACAAAAAUGGAGUUGUUGAAGCUAAUGUAGCCGACAAGAAAGUAUUAUAGUUAUGUGAUGCUACAUCAAUUAUAAUAAGUGAUCAUAUUAUAGAACAUUGUAAUUUAAGACUUAACAACUUAGCAUUUAUAAAUAUGCAAAGAAUUAAUUGGUAUCGGAAUAUGAAGAAAACGUUCACUUUUUUAUUCAAAUUCAUCACAAUUAAGGACAACAAUGUACUAGUGACAACUACUAGAAAACGCACCCAGGUCUGUGCAUUACAAUGACUGAAGGUACAAAUGGGUGGUAAAGAUGAGAAAGACAAUAAUAUUAUACCGAGAGCGUAAAAACGUAAAAUUAUAAAUAGGACAAAGGUUCAAGCAAGUCUACGCGAAAUAAUAAAGUUUCCAGAAGGCUGGCAGAAGUACUUGGCAAUAUAAUUACUUUGCGUUAUGUUUUCGACGACAAAUUGUAAAGCAACAACAAUUUCUCUUUUUUU